AUGCGCCCACCUCACCUCAUGACCCUCGCGGACCUCUCCCCUUGGCAGAUAAAACACAUCGUCAACCACGCGCAUAUGCUAAAAACGCGUGCAAAGCCGUGGAUGGGCCCACAGCGCUCCUCUGCGGCUGUUGAUGGUAGUACUACCAACAGCGUCAAGGCAAACCUCCCCGCGGAGUCGCUGCAUGCAAAAACAAUCGCACUGCUUUUUUCCAAGCGCAGCACGCGCACGCGGCUCGCCGCGGAGACGAGCGUUGCGCUCUUGGGAGGCCGCGCGCUGUUUUUGGGCAGGGAUGACAUACAGAUGGGUGUGAAUGAGAGCGUGAGGGAUACAGCGCGGAUUGUGUCGGGGAUGUGUCAGGGGAUAGUCGCGCGUGUAGGCGAUCAUAGUGAAAUUGAGGAGAUCGCGAAGUGGGCGGAUGUCCCUGUUGUCAAUGCGCUUUCGAGCCUGUGGCAUCCUACGCAGAUACUAGCUGGGCUGCUCACUCUCCACGACCACGCUGCUGUGUUUCAGAGCCUCAGCAAGCCAACUCCGACGCCGACGCCCAGCCCAACGUCAACGCACGCAAUAGCACAGCCAGAAACUACACCUGCCCUGCCGGCGCUCCCACCUCUUACAAUCGCGUACGUGGGUGACUGCGCCAACGUCCUUCAUGAUAUGCUCGUUGCGUAUCCACGGCUGGGCCAUCGCAUGCGCGUCGCUGCGCCCCUGCAGUACCGCCCUCCCGCUGAGGUGAUGCGGCGCGUUGUGCAGCUUGGGUGUAAUCGGGGUAUUGAGUGGUUCGAGAACCCGCUCGAGGCCGUAUACGGUGCCCAUGUGGUUGUUACUGAUACGUGGGUGUCGAUGGGCCAGGAGGCGGAAAAGGAGGAAAGAAUUAGGGCCUUUGAAGGGUAUCAGGUCACUGAGAAGCUUUGUGCGCAUGCGCAUCCGGAUUGGAUGUUCAUGCAUUGUCUUCCCCGCAAAUCGGACGAAGUCAACGACGAGGUUUUCUAUGGCCCGCGUUCGCUUGUGUUCCAGGAGGCAGACAAUAGAAAGUGGACGACGAUGGCGCUGUUUGACUUACUCUUCGGGCAGUGGAGUUUAGGUCCGGAAGAUCCUUAA